AUGGAGCCAGAGUUCUGCUACGGGAAUGGCUCGUGUGUGAGGAUGGUCUACCCCGUUGCUGUCCGCGUCACACUCUACUUGGUCUUGGGGUCUGCGGUGGUCCUCACGGUGCUGGGAAACCUCUUUGUGAUCGUGGCCAUUUCUCACUUUAAGCAACUCCACACGCCCACCAACUACCUCACCCUCUCCCUGGCUGUAACCGACCUCCUCCUGGGGGUUCUGGUCAUGUUCCCCGGUAUGAUUCGGUCCGUGGAGACCUGCUGGUACUUUGGGGAGAUGUUCUGCAGGCUCUUCCUUAGCUAUGACAUCUUGCUGUGCACCGCGUCCAUCAUGAACCUGUCCUUUAUAUCCAUCGACCGCUAUUAUGCCGUGUGCCACCCUAUGCUCUACCCCCGUAAGAUAACGGUUCACACGGCAGUCAUCAUGAUCCUGGUCACAUGGUGUGUCUCGGCUGUGGUUGGCUUCGGUAUGAUCUUCCUCGAGCUAAAUAUUUUGGGAAUGGAGGAGUUGUACUAUAACAACUUGGCGUGUGAAGGAGGGUGCGCUUUGUUUACGACUGUUGUCGCCAGCACUGUCUCGGCGAUCAUCUCUUUCUACCUCCCCGGGUUCAUCAUGCUGGCAAUCUACCUGAAGAUCUACAUGGUUGCCCAGAGACAAGUGCGCACCAUAGGCCUACAGAACACCAGCUCCUCCAAGGUGGACAAGCACCAAAGGAAAGCCACCAAAACACUGGCCUUCAUCAUGGGCGUGUUUCUGAUCUUCUGGACGCCAUUUUUCCUCUGUUACAUCAUCGACCCCUACAUCGGCUACUCCUUUCAGCCCGCCUUGUUCGAUACACUCUUGUGGCUGGGGUAUCUUAAUUCCACUGUCAACCCAUUGGUGUAUGCCUUCUUCUACAGUUGGUUCAGGAAGGCUUUUCAAAUCCUCGUUUCUGGUCGCAUCUUUCGGUCUGACAUGUCGGGCACAAAACUAUUUGGAGAGUGACAGUAGUUUCAUGUUGAGGCCUCCCAGAAAAUGUGGAGCCCUGAAAAGAAAUGCUAAUCAACUGAUGGGUGGAAAUUCUAAUCAAUUAAAAAUGUCUGUCCUAUUCAAUCUGUUUAUUCACUAUUAAAAUAUUUUUCCUGAAACCCAAAAUCACCCAAUACUGAUAUUAUUUGUCAUAUUAUUUAUGCCUGCUGUGUUAUUGAGUUUCUCUCUAACUUUUUUUUUAUGAUAGGCAAACUUCUGUUGUAGCACUUUGCUCUGCUUUGCAGACGUUUCGUGCAGAAAUGUUGUGUGGUUCCUCAUUGUGUUUUUACAAAUGCUUAAUAAAGUGUACUAAUACUAAUGCUAAUACUUUAAUUAGUUUAUGGCUAAAUGUGAAUGUUGUUCUUGACUUACAAAAUAUAAGUCAAAUCUGGGAAUAAUUCUGUGUAAGAUCAGAAAACCUAAUGUUUUACUCUUCCGUACAUUUUCAUUCAAACUACAUUUCCAUUUAAAGCUGUUCAUAUUAUACUGAUAGGCUUGUUGUUUAGUUUGACA